AUGCCACAUCUCACUCUGGACCCAAACCUGGAGGUGUCCAUGGCAUAUGACGCCCUUUGCACUGCCCUUGCGGCAGCGGAAGGUGUCGACAAAGAGGCUGUCAUCGCCCACCUCUCCGAUGCAUGGAACAUCAAGAACAAUGCCAAGAAGGCCACGUGGGACGAGCAGGUCAGACAGGACAAAGCCGAAGAGGCAGAGGCAGACCUCGCCCGAGAGCACAAGCAGCAACUCGAGCUCGAGGAGCGGCGUAAGGAGGAAGAGACGGAGAGGAAGGAGAAGGAGAAGAAAAAGCCAAAGCUCAAGAACAUCGCACCCAACAAACUAGAAGGCUGCACCGAGGCCUCGACGAUCGACCGCACCAUCGCCCAGGACGCCUUCACCUUCACCAAAGCCGAUGACACCCUGCUGCUCAAGCCCAUGGCCUCGCACAAGCCGUCCAACAAAGCCAUCCCUGACGAGUACCUCACCUGGUGCCAAGUGUCACUUGCCAAAACCACCCUAGUGCAUCACAUGUCCCAGGCUGGUUGGCCUGAACACCUCAUCAUCAUGCUCGCCAAGUUCUACCUCAACCUUGAGGCCCACCCCACGCGUCACGAAGUCGACAGCGACACCGUCCUCCUUCACUACCAGGCCCAAGUCAGGCGUGAAUGGCACGAAGCCCUCAGAAAUGCCAACGACGAUGAAGAUGUCUUUGACAUCAGCAGCAUCAAUGACAGGCGCGUCGACGCCAUCAGGACGAAGAUUUGGAAUGCCCGGCGCAAUGAAGGUGUCCUCAGGCUUGAAGAGCAGCUAGCUCAGACCACCCUGGUCACAGACCCCACCAAGGCUUCUCGCACCCAUGGCCAAAAACAAGGCCGCUCCCCAUCGCCCCCUCCAACUUUCAUGUCAAAAUCUAUGGCAACAUCCGAGAUUGCAAGCUAUGAGCUUGGAAAAAGUGCAGUCCAGUUUAGUCCUAUGUAUAUUUUCAGUCCUUUGAUGCUGCACCUGAAGGUCUACCACGUCUUUCGCCUACCUCCCGACUGGUCCCCUCCAGGCAUAUCCCAAAUGACUGAACCCACCGAACCUGCCACCACCACUGAUCCUCCAGCCCAUUAUCAGGAAGCAGCCAUUCUGGCUCAAACUCAGGCACCUUGGAUGAAAACCAUUGGAUGGUUCACUUAUUGA